CUAUCGCUCGAGCUAUCAGCUGUCAACUGUUCACUGAUGCGCAAAAGACCGGUGAAUGUGUGUUGAUGUUAAUUGAGCCGGGGAAGCCGCUUCAACGACGAUGAACUACUUCGUGAAUAACGAUUGGAGCAAGAAUCGUUAUCAGAAUCUGAAUGAUGUCCACAGACAAAGUAACAACUCGACAGUUCGCUCCAUUCUCUGUUGUACUGUAUUGGGUUUAUGGUCGCUACUACUAAUACUCUCAAUAUGGAAUCCUAAUAUACAUAUUCCAACGAUCCGUACUAAUGUAUUGCACUUGGACCUACGACAACCUCUCAUGCAUACUGUUUCUGACAAGUUUUUGUCAUUCGGUCUUGAUACGUCCUUACUCAGAAUGAUGAAUGAAUUGCCUGUGAGACAAGAGAAAUUUAUCAACCUGGCCCGUCACUUGAGUCCUGCUUAUGUUAGAGUGGGUGGAACAUCUGCAGAUUGUCUGAUAUUUGACCAGGAUCAGAUUGUGCAAAGUUCGUCUGAAAAGAUUCUCAGUCCUGUGGAUGGUCAAGACAUCAGCAAUUUUACCAUCUCUGGUGCAGACUUACUUGCUAUCUACAAUUUUACAGAAAAGUCCAAAUUACGAAUGAUCUUUGACCUGAAUGUUCUGCUCAGAAAUUCAGAUGGAUCUUGGAAUGAUACUAAUGCACAGAAGAUUAUCACAUUUGCUAAGAAUCAAGGCUUGGAAUUAGAUUGGCAAUUGGGAAAUGAACCGAAUUCUUUUAAACACGUGUUCAACGUGACAAUCAGCGCAAACGAACUUGCAAAGAAUUACGAUCAUUUGAGGCGAUUGUUAGACGAGGCGGGAUAUGACGAUAGCAUCCUUGUCGGACCGGAAGUGAAUCAUGUCGGAGAACGGAAUCGCAUGGGAGAAGAAUAUGCCGAGCUAUUUCUAAAAAGUCAAAGCAGUACCGUGAAUUACGUCACUUGGCAUCAGUAUUAUCUGAAUGGGCGAGAGGCUACAGUUCAAGAUUUCGUGAAUCCUCUUACAUUUAAUUGGCUACCGAUGCAAAUCAAAUCCUUUGGGGAAUACAUCGCUGCAUCGGGAAGAAGCGUUUCUAUGUGGCUGUCGGAAACCAGUACUGCGUAUGGAGGAGGAGCGCCGGAAUUAUCAGACAGAUUCGUAGCCGGAUUUUUGUGGCUGGAUAAAUUGGGCUACAGCGCUAGCGCGGGAUUGAACGUCGUCACUAGACAGUCGCUAUUCGGCGGAGAUUAUGCUAUGGUGUCGCCGGAUCUUACGCCAAAUCCCGACUGGUGGGUCAGCGUUUUUUACAAACAAUUCGUCUCGGAGAAGGUCCUGAAACUGAUCACAUCCAACAAUUUCGGCUACGUGCGCCUAUACGCGCACUGCACGCCAAAAGAGGCUCGAAUUGCCAGGGUACCGGCUGUAACAAUCUACGGAAUGAAUAUAGACAAGAUCGCGGUCCGCGUAGAUAUUCCAGAAUUGUUUGUACAGUCUGGGAAAAUUGUGAAGAUAUUUUUUUAUUCUUUGACCGCCAAAAGUCUUCAGUCGAGCGAGAUAAAGUUGAAUAGCGAAGUGCUGAAACUGCAACCGAACGGAAACUUGCCGCCAUUUCGACCUAUAAUAUUGGAUCCUACAGAUCCUGUGAUUUUAUCACCGUACUCUAUGGUAUUUAUAAUAAUUCACGGUAUCGAUAUUCCAGUCUGUGAAUAAAUUCCUAAAGAAUA